GGGACUUAAAAAGUCUUAUUAUCACCAACACUUCCAGUUGUAGUUUGCUUCUGUGAGGGAAUUGUUGUGAUAAAGCCUCGUUUACCUUAUAGCUAAAAAAGUUUUUUCAUAACGUUCAGUGCCAACAAAAUGUUUAUUCAUAUGUAAAAAUAACAAUUUGCGAAUUUUAAAACAAUUUUUCCUUCAAACUUCAUAGUUUCCAUUUAUUUCGAAAUCCAUAAUUAAUUAAUUAAUUAAUUAUUAUUAUUUACUAUUAUUAUUAUUAUUAUUAUUAUUUAAUUAAUUAAUUAAUAAUUUGAAUAACACAUCAUAAUUGCUUAAAUUAUUUCAAGUUUUUGUUUGUUUGUUUAUUUAUUACAACACUUAAAAUUAAUAGUUUUGAUAAAAUAUUGUGUUAUUAUUUAUUAACGUCAGUAAAGAAUUUAAUUGGAUAAUACAUUUAGAAAGAAGAUUUAUUAUAAAAAAUACGGAAACAAAUUUAUUUAAUUAGUAUAAUUAUAACACGGAUAUUCGAUAAAGAAAAGUGUCCAGUGUGUGAUGAAUUCUAUUUUUAUUCAUUUGACAAGUGUGUUAGAUAAUAAGAAUUGUAAUAUAACUAUCGCAUUAAUUCCAUAGGAAAUGUGCCAUGGAAAAUAUAGUGAUAGAGUGACCUUCUCUUUGAUAUCUAUAAGUCUUGCUAAAGUUUAUAAUGUUGAUUAUCAAGUUUCUUUUAACACUAUAUAGGAUUAAAUUUGCAUUAUUCAUGUAAAUUUUGAAUCCAAGAAUGUUGAACUGCAACCUGAAAAAUUUAUUUAAAUCUAUUUCCGUGGAAACUAGUUAAAUUUCCAGGACCACACAAAAUUAAAAUUUAAUUUCAGCAGUGAGAGUGAAAUAUGAAUUGCAAGUGAAUCGAACGAAAUAUAAAAUGGUUUUAAAUUAUUAAGUUACACGAUUUAAAAGAGAACAUUCCUCAUGUCCUAAAUAAUGUGUUUGAAUAUGGUUUCAUUUUAAUUGAAAAUAAAAUUUAUUUUCACCGCAAACAUGAAAUACAGAAUUAUACCACUGGAGAGUAAUUCUGAUAUUAGUUAUAGAGUCAAAUGUGUUUCCAUUGAAACGGAACGUGUUUUUGGCGAUGUUCUCGUCACAAAUCAAACUCAAGAUUCUGUUUUUUGUAAAAAUUAUUUCCCAACCGUUUGGAGAAAGAAGAAAUGUAAUUUAAUUGAAAAAACAUUAGAUAGUCCUGAUUUUAUGAAAAUGAACAGCAAACCAGUGACUCGACGAAAAAGUACAAUAUGUCAUAUUUCUGGAACGGUGCAGAAGAAUUUACAGAGAUCAAAAUCCGUUGGGGAUGUUAUUUUGAAGACAACAGACGAUAUACACAAUUUUCAAAAUCAGGAAAUUUGGAAACAGAAGAUUUAUCCGGGGCCAUUCGAAAAUAUAGAAUUGAUAAGUCGAGAAAAGACAGUUGCCACUUUAGUCGAUCAACUUCUUUCGGAUAUUUAUGGAAUUUCAAGCAGUGAUAAAGGAAAAUCGGAAAGCGACUCAUCGUUCUCUUCUAAAUCACAACUACGACCUACCAAUUUACAAAAAACUCGGCUUAUGCUUAAAACGGAAAAUGAACUUCGUGUGCUUCUUAAAAGUUUAAUGGAACACGUCAGUUAUGAAGGGGGACUUUUAAUUCGUCAACUUCGACGACGAGAUAAUCUUAUUGCAAAACGUGAUAAGCAAUAUGAUGUUAUCACAGCUAAUCUUCAGGAACAUUGUAAAAAAACGAGUGAGGAUUCAAGAAUAAAAUUUAGUCUAACACCACAGCCCGGAGAAAGCGGUUUUACACAAUGGUUGGAUGCUAUGAAAAUGGUGGCCGGAUUACCGGGUGGAAUCCCAUCAGAGUUUCGAAGGAGGUUGUGGAUUACACUGGCAGAGAGACAUUUAGAACAGCGGGAAGUGGAUUGGAAACAAGCAGAAAAAGUAUGUUUCAACGAGUGGAGCAACCCAGAUGAUGAAGAACUUGGCACUCAAAUUGUCAAGGACCUUCACAGAACUGGUUGUAGUUUAUUUUGUGGCGCAGCCGGCCGAGAUAAUCAGGCAGUUCUACGUCGAGUGUUACUUGGCUUCGCUCGCUGGAAUAAAUCCGUGGGUUAUUGCCAAGGUUUAAAUGUAUUGGCAGCUUUGAUUCUUCAAGUUGUUGAUCGCGCAGAAUCUUCAGCUGUUAAAGUGAUGAUCUAUUUAAUAGAAGGUGUCCUACCAGAAGGAUAUUUCGCCGACAAUUUACGUGGACUUUCAGUUGAUAUGGCCGUAUUUCGUGACCUCUUAAGAAUAAGGUUACCCAGGUUAUCAAAACAUCUUGAGGCCUUGCAAACAGACGCCAAGGACAAAGCUACAGGGAGCAGUUACGAACCGCCAUUGACAAAUGUGUUUACGAUGCAAUGGUUUCUCACCCUCUUUUGUCACUGUUUACCUCAAGAAGCAGUUCUUCGGGUCUGGGAUCUCAUAUUUCUCGAAGGGGAUGAAGUACUCUUGAGAACUGCGUUGGCAAUUUGGGAAGGACUUUCAGACCGAAUAAUGACCGUGAAGUCAGCAGAUGAGUUUUACAGCAUAAUGGGUGUGCUCACGCGGGAAAUGUUGGAGUUUACAGACACAAACAACUUAAUAAAGACUAUCGUCAGCAUGGGGUCUUUAUAUGGAGUCACGAGUCUCAGAGAAAAGCAUCGAUAUAAUAUUACACCCUGGGCUCGCCGAUUAAGUGACGACGAGGAUGAUAGUGAAACUGAAGAGGAAGAAAGAUUGGCUGUAGCCGCAGCAGCUGCUAUUUUUAGUAUGCCACAAAGAAAGAAAGAUCGUUCUUCCUUAGCUUCGGGAACUUUGCAGACUUUAAGUGGCGACAGAGAAAAACUGGCUUUAGAUAUAACUACGCUGAAGCAACAAUAUGCAAAAUUACGAGAACGUCAACGUCAAGCCCAUAUUAUACUUUCUGCUGCUUGUGCGAGACAGUCUUUGGUUCCACCUCCAACAUCGGCUAUGAAUCAUCUUCUUGCUGGAAAAAAUGCAUUGGUCAGCGGAAGAAAUCGUCAAAUUGGUACAUCCGCUUUAAUAUCUACCUCCAAAGUGAAAUCCUCGCCUCGUUUAAGUCCCAGGAGUCAAAAUCGGAAAGAUAGACAAGCAGUGACUUUACAUUGGAAGGAUAUGAAAAAGCGUCAAAAUAGCAGGGAUUUACCUGAUGAUGAAGGAGGACAGCCUGACACGUUAGUGCAUUCACCCGAAACAAUGUCGGUCACAAUGACGUCAUCGAAACGCAGCAGUGCUGACAGCGACAGCGACAGUACAUCAACUGAACUCUGCGAUGAACCUGAUCGUCUCAGUGAUGUUGACAGUGAAGAGCCAACUUCAUCUUCAGAUUGUUAUGUCAUGGCUACAGAUGAUGAGAAAAGUCCUCGUUUAGGAUGUUCUCCAAUUGCUGGCCAAACACCAUCGAGAAUUCAACCGGAAGUGAAAAAUGAGUUCGCGAGUGUUUGUGUUGUUGGUGCUGUUUCUGAAUCACAUGUCAGUGGACUGUCGUCAGAUCUUGAGGAAACAUCAAUUGCCGAAAUAACAGAUCAGAUUCGAAGAUUGUCGGCGGGUGAUAAUGAUUUUGUAGCAAGCGGAGUGUUCAGUGAUUGUGAAAUUCAGAAAAAGAGUCAAGAACUCAAAGUUUCCGGCUCUUUUCAUUUUUUAGCUAGAUUAGAUGAAUCGGACCGAAAGGAGUGUGUUGAGAGUUCAGAUUCCAAAGGCGUUAAUUAUGAUUACAAAAAUUUUGAUAGCCUCUUAGAUCAAGGGAUUAGUGAUUCAAUAGGAAAUAAUUCGUUUAAUGAAGUUUCAAAUAGAACUUCCUCUCAAAAUAAUGUCUUAGAUGAUUUGUCAAUUUUUCCUCUAACUGUUGAUAAAAAAUUAAACAGACUUUCCGAAACUGAAUUGAAUUGGUCUAAUUUAGAUUACAUUUAUCCGAAAGUUCCAAUCUCUAAUCAUUUAUCGAAAAAAAGUCCACAAACUCCAGAAUCGGCCAGUUCUGGAGAAACCAUGGGACCUGAUUCAAAAUCUUCUAGUUUAAGAAUGAGUCCCAGAACGCCUAUAAGAUCCGAGUCGAGAGCUCUUGAAAAAUCGACAUCCUCUUCUGUUAGCUCGGACUCAAAGACAUUGACUCUUCAAUCCAUUGAGGCUGAUCUGAUAAACGUGAGAACGAAAUUAGAGCCAAAAGUUCCUUCCUUUGAUAAAUCGUGUUCAUCAACUCCCAUUAGUGUUGAUUCCCUAAAGGCAAAAUCAGAUUCCAGUCCCAAACUUGUUUUAAGUAGUUCCAGUGAAUCCUAUAGUCCCAAUAAACUCAAGUCUUCCGAGAGGUCUUUCAGUUCUGACCUUCAAUCGCCGAUCAGUGCCAAUUCCAUAAAGUACUCAUCAAAUUAUAAAGACAAUGGUAAUCUUUCUGACACUCCACCUAUCGAAUUGGUAUCAAUCACUUCUCCCUUUUAUCCAAUUGCUCAUCCAAAUCAAAAGACACCAUCUCCGUAUGAUGCUGUUUCCAAAAAGGCAGAACCGACUUUAAAAUAUUCACUAAAAUCUGAUUAUUCUUUUUCAACGGAUUUUUUACAGACCAAAGUCUAUGAAAAUAGUGAAACUUAUAUGGAUCUCAAGAUUGGUGGAAGUGCCUUUCUCAGUUAUCAAAAAUAUAAGUUUGUUGAUGAUCCUGUUAGAGAAGAUGAUUCUUUGUCAGCACUACCGAAAGAAAAUUCAUUUGAAGGAGUUAAAAAAAAGGAAAAUGAGAAAUUAUUCCCAAAGCCAUUUGAAAGAAGUUGUAGCAGUUUGGAUAAAAAAUUUCCAAAUUUGACAUCAUCUAGUUCAAAUGAAGAAUUAACGGUGAAAAAAAGAUCGAGUGAUAUUUUAGAAGAUUUAAAGCAUCUUGAAUCAAAAUCCGAAUGUCAGUCGGAUACCAAUAUGCUAACGAAAAAAACCGGCUACAUUUGGGAGGAUGUUCAGAAUUUAGAAGCGAGAAGACAGGAUACUUUUAGCGAUUCAGCUAGUGGAUUCUCGAAAAGUCGUAUCAAUAUUCCAGGUAUCAGUAUAUCCAACGAGAACAGAAAAACAUACAUAGUCGAGCCAAAGAUCAACAUUGAUGAAUGCAGUGAUAGUAUACUAAAAAAAGUUACACAAAACAGUAACAAUAAAGAUGAUGAUGACGACAAGGAAUCUAAGUUAGGUGUUUGGACUAAAGUGAAACCGAGAAAAAUUGGCGAUAAUGGUCGUCGAAGCAGCAGUGACAGAGCAUUAAAAAUAAUUCAAGAAAAUUCAGCGAUUUUACAAAAAAUUCUCACAUGUCAAGCCAAGAAACGUUUACCAGAUCUAGAGGAAAUUUCAAAAGAAAUUACUAUCAGUCCUAUCAAUGAGGAGAUAUCAAAGAUCUUCAGUCCAAUAUUGGAGAAAAUGGGAUUGAAUGAACACGAGAUAAAUGAGGAGCUUGCUAAAAUUAAUUUUAAAGAUUUGGGUCAUAUAACAUCCACUACAUCUGAAUUUGAUGCAAAAAUAAAUGAUGAACUUUGUAAAUUAUCGUUAAUUGGUGACGAUGAUGACGUUGAUUUAGAUGAAAUUAUUUCUCAAGAUUAUCUCGAAACUAGAGACGCUUUUAUUGAUCGACAAAUAAAUGAGGAACUUUCCAAACUUACUAAUUACGAUGGUGAAUCGCCAUCAAUUGGUUCAUUCAAACGUGAUCAGAAAAUUCAUAUUGAUAACUAUAAUUAUAAAAAAGCUGAACCAAAAAAUGGUGUCUUGACUCAGGAAGAGAUGGAAAAUUAUAAUUCGUAUGUACCGAUUCAAUUUCAUCCAAUGAAUCAGUCAUUGAAUCCAUUGAGCCAUUCAUUGAAUCUAGUAAAUCAGACAUUUAGUUCAGUGCAUCAGACAGUGAAUCAAAAUCCCUGUCCUUUUGGCCAGACACUAAGUCCUUUGAGUCAUCCUCUGAGACAAACGCUUAAUCCCCUCAGUGAGAAAUUAAGUCCACUGAAUCAAAAUUCCCUGUGUCAGACGCUAAAUUCUUCUUUCUGUCAUAAUCCUUUAAGUCCGUCAUUAAAUUCAAUAAAUCAGUCAUUAAAUCCACUGUGUCAAUCAGUAAUCCAUAAUUCUAAUCAUCAGACCUAUUCAACGAAAUAUUCUAAGUUUACACCUAAAAGUGAUAUUGAUAUUUACAGGGAACUGGAGAAACUGGACCAGAUUCAAGUUUUGUCUUCGCAGGUAAUUCCCGAGGCGAUAAUUCCAGCUCUUCCUUAUAAAAACACAUCUUAUCCGGAAACAAGACAAGAUUACUCAAAGGAAGAAAAAUCAUUUGACUCUUCACCUCUCAAGAGUCCUUACGAUACUUACAAACCAUACGAAUUCAAAUUAUCACCAAUAAUAUCUCCAAGAAAAUCUCCAAAUGAUUCUUAUUCGGCUCGAGGGUACGAGAAAUCAACCUUUGAUUAUCAAAAUUUCGAUUUUGAGAUGAAUCACAAGAAAAUUUUGUCUAAGGAAAGUCUGGAAUUUCGUGUUCGUUAUGAUGAAGAUAAAGUAGCUGCUUUUCAAAGUGAGGGAAAAUUCCAAAAUGAGGGAGCGCCUUAUUAUAAUGACAAGCCUACUCCUACAAAUAAUAUCCAAUUGAAGUUUAAUGAAGAAAGAUUCUCAGGAUCUAAUGGAGAAAGAUUUCUGGGUACUUCAAAUGAAGAAAAAUUUAUGGAAUCUUCUAAUGGAGAAAGAUUUCUGGUAUCCACGAAUGAAGAAAGUUUCCUGGGGCCUAUAACGCAAGAAAAAUUCCUAGGAUCUAAAAUUGAUGACAGAUUUUUAGGGUCAAUUGAUAAAACUGAAGAAAUGUUUUUAGGAUCACGCGAAGAAAGGUUAUUAAAAUCGAGUGCCCUUUCACCAUUGGAAUACAAGUAUGAAACUUAUCUUUCCAGAAAACAUGAAUCGAUAUCGCCAAAUGAUUCUAAAUUGGAAUUUGACAGACAACCUUAUAAACUAAUGGAUCCUGGAAUGGAGGAUAAAUCUUUUCUGAAUUCGAGUCAAGAAUCUCAUUUACUAUCUACGAGUAAUCAAUUCAACAGAGAAUUUGCUCAAUUGUCAAAUCCAUUUUCAGCACAGCUGUCUCCGAGUUUAGGGGAAGCAACAAAGAGACCCGAUUAUUCAGGUAAAUUAAAUAUUACAAACAUGAAUGAUUCGAGAGAAUCAGUGAAUCAUAAGAAAUCGUCCUUAAGUCUUGGAAAUAUUGAUUAUACCAAUAGAUCAGGAUUUGAAGGAAGUCCAAGUAUAAAAUCGAAUUUCAGCCCUUUUCCCGUUAGAAAUGCCCCUAGAAAACCAAAAGAAUUGGGAUUGAAAUUGGGACUUUAUUCACCAACUAGUCUUGGUAAUGGCCAAGGAAAAAAGUCCUAGUAUUCAACAAUUAGAAAUGAUAACUUUGAUGGAUACUGACGAAUGUGAAAAUUUCCCUUGAAAUUCGGGAAUUAAAAACUAUUAAAAGUAAUUCAGUAUUCAACAAAGUUUUUGCAAAAAACAACAUUUUUUGAAUAUGACAUUUGCAAUUUAAGAUAUAGUCGCAAUAAGAUUUUAAUAGUAUAAUAAAUUGUCUAAAAGAAAAAUAUGAAUCCAAUCGUCUAUUGAAUCCUUGAAAAAAAUUUAUAAAAUUAUCUAGAGAAAAUUGUUUAAAAAUUUUUAAAUUAAGUUUAUUUUAAAUUAAAUUUUCUAUGAAAAAUAUUCUUAACUAAUUAUUAUAUAACUUAAAAUAUGAGAAAAUGUUGAUGUCCAGUAAGUUUGACCAGUAUAGUUAAAAUUUUCAAAAAACAAAUCUUGUGCGCAAAUGUACUCAACUUGUGCUCUAAUGUGCACAAGUUGAAAACAUUUUUGAAAAACUUAAAAUCCCAGGCAAAUAAUUUUUUAAAACGCCUAAAAUUAAAAUUUUCAAGAAAGAGAAAAUAAAUUUUAUGACAAAUUGUGUUUGCGACAUGUGCACAAAUUCAUUUUUUUAAAUUCCAAAUGCCGGGCACAAAAUUAAAUAACAUUUUUAAAACGUCUAAAAUUAAAAUUAAAAAGAAAUUAAAUUUUGUACCAAAUAGUAUUCUUUUGUGCACAAAUUAAUUUUUUUAAAAACUCAAAAUUCUGGGUUAAAAAAUUAGAAAAAUUUUGUUCUAAUAAUUCUAAUAAUUUUUCUAAAUCAGAUACUAUUAUUUGUGCUAAUUAUCUUUUAAUACAUUUAAAUUUUACACUGAAAAUAUGUUUUGGAAAAUUUUUUAAAAAAUCUGAAUUUUUAAAUGAACACAAGUCGAGCACAAUUAGACAUAAUAUUUGUUUUUUGACAAUUUUAACUUUACUAGUCUCACUUCCUGGACAUAAAAUGUUGCCAAAAUUUGCAGAAAGUUUAUAGUAAAAAUAAUUAAAUUUAUAGUUCGGGAAAAAUAUUUAAAAUAUUAAAUAUUAUUUUAAAUUUUAUAAUUAUUAGUAAUAAAAAACCUAAAUUUGUUUACACAUUCUUUGAGCAAAUAUUGAAAAGUUUGUAAAAUAUGUGUAUAAAAGAAGUCUUGGAUAAUAAAAAGAUUUCUGCUUCGAAUUGUAAAAAAGUCCAGUUGAAUUUCUUACGUAUUAUUUUCUUUUUUAUUUUUUACACAAAAUUUAAAAUAAAAAUCUAUAAUUGUAAAAUACAGUAACGAUUUAAUGAAAAAUAUAUUAUUCAUGAAAAUAAGUAUUUAUUGAUAACUUUUCAAAUUGUUAAAUUUCUAAUAUUUAAUUAUUAGCCUAAUUUUAUAAUAAUUUUUGUUAAAUUUAAAUAUUUUUAAUUAGUUGCUACAGUAAUGAAAAAUGUGAGAUUUCAUUAAAGAGUUAAAUGUAAUUAAGUAAUUGUAAUAGUAGGUAUGUAAUUGUAAAAUACAAACGAUCUGUAACUAAAUUCUGUAGAAAGUUAACAAAAUCAAAUUUUAAGUACUUUGUGCUAUAACUUCACCGUGAUUUUAUAUACUAAUAAAUUAAAAUCGACUAGAAAAAUUGAAAUGAAAUAAAGUGAGAAAAAAAAUAAAAAAGUAAAGAAGUGACAAAAAUAUUAUUCAAUAAAUGUAAAAAUAAUUGAGCGCAUUAAUUAAGAUAUUUAAUUUUUAAGUAAUGAUUGAUUCUAAUAAAAAAUAUCGAUACAGUUUAAGAAACAAGAAAAAAGAACAUAAAAUAUUACCAUUGUAUAAUGUAACAAUAUAAAUUGUAUAUUUUUCAUGUAAAUAGAAUCAAGUCUGAAAGCAAACAAUUUUCCAAUUCUUAAAAAAUUUACAAGUGUUAAGAAUUUUUCUUCUUGAAAUUCUCAGUUUUUAUUAAAAAGGAUUUUAUUUCAAGAAACGUCUAGAUAGAAAAUUUUUUCAAUCGCUUUGCUUACAAAUCUGAUUAUACAGAGAAAAAAGGAAAAGAAAUGCUAUCCAGUCAAUUAAUGCAUUUCCAAAAAGAGUCUUAGAGCUUUUUACUUAAUGCUAACAAAAGAAUGAAUUUAGACAGAAUAUAUAUACAUUAUAAAAAAAUGAAAUAUGAAGAAACAGAAAGUAUUCUCAGAAAUGCUUUAAUGAAAUAAAUCGUUACAGAAUCGUGUGAUCCCGAGGCGCUUUAUCUUAAACUUUAUUCUCUAUAUAAGAUGUGUUAUUUGGCGUAAAUUUGUUUUAACUGCAAAAUCAUGAGGACUUAACUUAGCCUCCAAAUGGCAAAAAAACCUGAAUGAAUAAAGGUAUUCAUCACAUAACUAUUUAAAUAUAAUAUAUUUGUUACAGUAAAAGUAUAAAUACAGUUAAAAUACUAUUUACAGUUUUUUAAUAUUGCUCAUAUAGAUUUUCAAGCAUUUAAUUUAUUAAAAAUAUAAUUUUUUCUCCUUAUCAUUCAUUUGUUUUGUAUUAUUUUCAGAAAUACAUAAUGUAAAUCUUUACAUCUAGAUUAAAAAUUGUAAAUAGUAUUUUAACGGCAAAAAACACUACUUUUACAUAAACAGAAAAAAGUUUCCUAUUUAUCAGACUGAAUUUCAAAAAAAAUUUUAAAAAUCUAUCACUUCGGUUUUGAGAAAAAUAACUUUUUAGACUUAAUUUAAUUUUUUAAAUGCUUCCA